AUGUUCUUCGGUGUCUUUGACUCUUGCAAGGUCGUGCCCGUCCACACACACCUGCUGGCCACCACCUCGGGCACGGCCGCCGACUGCGCCUCGUGGCUCCGCUGGUUGGCUGGUGAGUGCCGCCUGCGGCAGCUGAGAGACGGGCGUUUGCCGGGAGCCCGAGCGGCGUCUGGGCUCCUAUCAGCGGCUUUGUCCCGGCAUUACCGCGCACACGCCGAUCUGUGCCUGGCCUCGCUUCUCUGUGGGUGGGACCGGGGCCGAGCAGAGGUCUGGUAUGUGUGUCACGACGGGACGCGGCUGAACGGAGAGGUGCUCUCCGUGGGCUCAGGUUCGCCCUAUGCCUAUGGCGUGUUGGACAGUGGGUAUCGCCAAGGUAUGCCCACGUCAGAGGCACUGGCUCUAGCACGGACUGCGGUGUCUCACGCUGCUCAUCGCGAUGCCUACUCUGGUGGCUGUGUGGAUAUGUACACCGUAGGGGAGAGAGGCUGGGAGAGAGUUGGCAGGAGGGACGUGCAUUGCGAGUGCGAGGGAGA